GAAAAGUAAAGAGGGGACAAUGAAGUAAUUAAAAGUCAGAAGCACGCAAAGCCAUUGGACUUAGACGAAAGUCACAAAACCCAAAAACCCCAAAACGAAAACUCCACCGAGUCGGAGAUCCUAAAAUUGCAGGCUCGGAAGAAGCUUGGAAUCUUCUUAAGCAAAACUCUUGGCCUUUAAGUAACCUGACUCUAUCCAAAAUUCAAAUCAAACACACAUAUAUCUGUUUUUCCAUAUCAUAUCAAAUCAAUCUAGCAAAUGAGGAGGCUUCUGUCGUGUUUCUUGUUCCUUCUAGCCUUUGGUUUCUCCAUCUUCACUGCAAUCCACGUGCCGAACGCCGAGAGCUCCUCCGCAAUCAUGCUGUCAACUUCGCAGACUCCGAGAGUCGGAGGGAGAUCGCUCUUAUCCAUUUCUGAGCAAGAAACAGAAUUAGCUGCUAGAACGGAUGGUACCAUUGUUUUAAGGACUAAAAAAUCAAAAAGAGUAAUCUGGUCAUUUGCCUCAGGAUCUCCCAUUUACUCUUCCUAUCAGGCUCCACCGACAUUGGAUAAUGGCAAUGAAAAUGCCUCCCAACCAAGCACUGCUUUCUUUAUUGAUUGUGGAGAUGACUGGGAGCUGUAUGCGCAUGCCACCCGCACUAAUAAAAUGAAGCUUUCUGUCACUGUUGAAGAAUUUGUCAAACACAUGCCUCAUGUAUCUGAGGAUGGGGCAAUCACACUUGGCUCUAAGAGGACAACUGUGUAUGUGGUCGAUGCUAUGACUGGAAGACUACUGCAUGUUUAUAGGUCACCUGAUUCUCCAUCCAUGUUGGAGAGUGACAAAAAGGAGACUUCUGUAUAUAAUGAUAACGGUAAUAAGGAGCUGUUGAAGUCUUCUGCUGCUAACACUGCUCAGCAGCGAUUCCAUAUCACAAGGACUGAUUACACAUUGCAGUCUUUCCAUCCUAACUCAGACAAGAUUUCAUGGAGUCUGAUGGUUGCUGAAAUUGGGGCUGCUUUACUUUGCCAGGAUGUUGAUGUUCCUUUCAUUACAUCUACCCUGAAUUCAAGCUAUGAGCAUCCUGAAAUUGGCAGUGAUUUUAAUUUUCCAUUUCCAUGCCAAUCAAAAGGUGUUGUUAUUCGGGAGCAUGAUACAUUAGAAGAUAUAAGAACUUCUAAUCAUGAUGAUCCAAUGCUCCCAUUGCCUAAUUCACAGACCAAGUUUGAUAGGACAUUAGAUGACCAUCAUAAUAGGAAGAUGCUUCUAGUGGCUGCUCCAGAGUCAAAGCUUCUGUUGGCACCUAAUGUUGAUAAAUUAUCAAACUUUUCUCAAAAAAGUGAUAAUAAAACAAUUGUCCCUCUGCCUCCCUUGGAGAAUAAUGAUUCUAGAAUAGUUGAUGUAAGUGAUCUAAGAACACCUCGUACUGAUGGCCUGAGCAUUUUUGCCAAAUAUCCAGUAGUAUUGUCCUUUAUUUUAAUUUUCAUAAUUUUGGCUGCCUUUGGCACCUGCCAUAUUCUUCUGGCCAAAGAGCUUGCUGCAUUAAAGGACCAGUCUGAUACUAAUUUCAAUGUUGCACCUUCCAAGAGGAAGAAAUCCCGAAGAUCAGGGAAGAGUAAUGGAUCUGUUGAGAAAAAGGAUAAGCACACAUCAUCUGAAAGUGAGGAUGGAUUUUCACCUGCUGGUGGUGACAACAAAAUAUUGCUAGACCUUAAUAAACUUGUUGAUGGUGGCAUCGAUGGACGUAGAAUUGGCAAGCUAGUGGUAUCAAGCAAAGAAAUUGCAAAAGGAAGCAAUGGUACAAUUGUCCUUGAGGGAUUCUACGAAGGCCGAGCAGUUGCUGUGAAGCGCCUUGUCCAAGCUCAUCAUGAUGUUGCUUUUAAAGAAAUUCAAAAUCUCAUUGCAUCUGACCGGCAUUCGAAUAUUGUUAGAUGGUAUGGAGUAGAGUAUGAUCAAGAUUUUGUGUAUCUUGCUCUGGAGCGUUGCACUUGCAGUUUGGAUGAUUUGAUUCAUAUUUACUCAAAUACAUCUCGAAACCCAGUCUUGAGCAAGGACCAAGCUAUGCGUGCUAUGAUUGAGCAUAAAAUUCACCUGGAUUUGGUGAAAGGUGUCAUGCAGGAUCUUAAUUUGUGGAAAGUUAAUGGCCAUCCAUCACCACUUUUCCUAAAACUGAUGAGGGAUAUGGUUUCUGGUCUUGCUCAUUUGCAUGAUUUGGGAAUAAUUCAUCGAGACUUAAAGCCUCAAAAUGUGCUAAUAAUUAAGGAAAAAACAGUGUGUGCAAAGCUUUCUGAUAUGGGUAUUAGCAAGCGCCUGCUUGAGGAUAGGUCAUCCUUGGGUCUCUAUGCGACCGUUGCAGGCUGUGGUAGUUCAGGGUGGCAAGCACCGGAACAACUUCUUCAUGGUCGCCAAACUCGUGCAGUUGAUUUAUUUAGUUUGGGUUGUGUCCUCUUUUUCUGCAUCACUCAGGGAAGGCAUCCAUUUGGCAAUCAUCUUGAACGUGACAUCAAUGUUGUCAACAACCGAGUGAACCUCUUUCCAGUGGAGCAUAUCCCUGAAGCUGUUGAUCUGAUUUCUCGUUUAUUGAAGCCUGAGCCUGAAUUGAGGCCGAAUGCAUUGGAGGUCUUGCAUCAUCCUCUAUUUUGGAGUUGUGAGAUGAGACUGUCAUUUCUUCGGGACACUAGUGACAGGGUUGAAUUAGAAGAUAGGAAUUCUGAUUCUGACAUCUUGAAAGCAUUGGAGGGUAUUGCACCAAUGGCUCUCGGUGGAAAGUGGAAUGAGAAAAUGGAACCUGCAUUCCUUGCUAACAUUGGGUAUUACCGCCGUUAUAAGUUUGACAGUGUUCGGGAUUUGUUGCGAGUCAUGAGAAAUAAAUCAAGUCAUUAUGGAGAGCUUCCCAAAGAAAUUCAGGAACUAGUAGGGCCGGUUCCAGAAGGCUUCGAUGGUUAUUUUGCUAGUCGAUUCCCGAGACUCUUUAUUGAAGUAUAUAAAGUUGUUAGCAGGCACUGCAGGGAAGAGGAAUGCUUUCAGAAGUACUUCAAAAGCAAUGCUGUUGAAAAUCUUUAGUCAUCUUCUGAGUUUCUAAAGUAAGAUUAAUGCUUUUCAAAAGUGGUGCUUCAGAUUGCCAUACAAGACUGGCAAUGCUUCUGCUAUCUCAUUCACUGGUCGUCGGAGCUAGUGGAUAAUUUGUAAAUACUAGCUGUAAUCUAGUAAUGUAUAUCUUUGUUAUGUCUUUUAUUUGCCAUUGCCUUUGCCAUGUUGUAUUUGUUUUAGUUGACUGAUUGGUAUGGCUAUCUUACCUUUUGCAACCUUUUCCAAAGGGUAUGGCCUUCCCACAUGAUAACGCACUGCAUUCACCCUCGCAACUCUUUGCUCAGCCCCCAUUCCUAUUAUACUUUUUAUUUCCGAGUGAAGAGGAUAUAUAUAGCAGCAGCACCUUCACCCGGCUUGAUCAAAUUACGAUCAUUACUGUAAUAUUUGGUCUGUUGCAUCUUGAAUGUUCAAGGUUCAGUUUGAGUAAAAUGUUCACGAGCUUGGUAAACAAUCAUACCCACAGAUAAUAUUU